UUUUUUCUUACGACGACCCGUAAAAGUCGCGCUGUAGGAAGAAGUCGCUCAAGCCUUCUCUUUAUUCCAUUUGUUUUGUCUACUACCAAGGACCAGGCAUCAUGCGUGAGUGCAUCAGUAUCCAUGUUGGCCAGGCUGGAGUCCAGAUUGGAAAUGCCUGUUGGGAGCUUUACUGCUUGGAACACGGCAUCCAGCCUGAUGGGCAGAUGCCCAGUGACAAGACCAUCGGAGGUGGAGAUGAUUCCUUCAACACGUUCUUCAGUGAGACUGGAGCAGGCAAACAUGUUCCACGAGCUGUGUUUGUGGACUUGGAGCCAACUGUAAUAGAUGAGGUUCGUACUGGUACAUACCGCCAGCUGUUCCACCCUGAGCAGCUGAUCACUGGGAAGGAAGAUGCAGCCAAUAACUAUGCCCGUGGUCACUACACAAUUGGCAAGGAGAUCAUUGACUUGGUUCUAGACAGAGUCCGUAAACUGGCUGACCAAUGCACAGGUCUGCAAGGUUUCCUGGUCUUCCACAGCUUUGGUGGUGGCACUGGCUCUGGGUUUACAUCUCUUCUGAUGGAACGUCUCUCCGUUGACUAUGGCAAGAAAUCCAAGCUUGAAUUCUCCAUCUACCCAGCUCCCCAGGUGUCCACUGCAGUGGUGGAGCCUUACAAUUCCAUCCUGACAACCCACACUACCCUGGAGCACUCUGAUUGUGCUUUCAUGGUUGACAACGAAGCCAUCUAUGACAUCUGCCGAAGAAACUUAGAUAUUGACCGGCCAACUUACACCAACCUGAACCGAUUAAUAGGCCAGAUAGUGUCCUCUAUCACUGCCUCCCUUCGCUUUGAUGGUGCCCUGAAUGUUGAUCUGACCGAGUUCCAGACCAACUUGGUGCCAUAUCCCCGUAUCCAUUUCCCCUUGGCCACUUAUGCACCAGUUAUCUCUGCUGAGAAGGCAUACCAUGAGCAGCUUUCAGUGUCUGAGAUAACCAAUGCAUGUUUUGAGCCAGCCAACCAGAUGGUCAAAUGUGACCCUCGCCAUGGCAAGUACAUGGCCUGCUGUCUCCUUUACCGGGGUGACGUAGUGCCAAAAGAUGUCAAUGCUGCUAUUGCUACUAUUAAAACUAAACGUACCAUCCAGUUUGUGGAUUGGUGUCCCACUGGUUUUAAGGUUGGUAUUAACUACCAGCCUCCUACUGUGGUUCCUGGAGGUGACUUGGCCAAGGUUCAGCGGGCUGUAUGUAUGUUGAGCAACACCACAGCUGUUGCUGAAGCUUGGGCUCGCCUGGACCACAAGUUUGACCUGAUGUAUGCCAAGCGUGCCUUUGUUCACUGGUAUGUUGGUGAGGGUAUGGAGGAAGGAGAGUUCUCAGAAGCCCGUGAGGAUAUGGCUGCCUUAGAGAAGGAUUAUGAGGAAGUUGGUGUUGACUCUGUCGAAGGGGAAGGAGAGGAGGAAGGGGAAGAAUAUUAACAUGAUUUUGACAUCACAAUAUGGUGCUGCUGUACAGGGAUUCCAGAUUAAAGUAUAAAACAUUGCAUUAAACAUGGUGAAUUGUAACUGCAGGUUAACCAAUUUGAGGGGGUGUGGUCCUUCAAUUUGUUAAUUAUCAGUUACACACUUGCAUAAGUCAUGACCAUUAAUGUUUAAUCACCGGUUUAAUGAUCUUUGCAUUCCAUAUUUAUUUUAUUUUAAAUCUUAUAUUCUAUUGUUUUUUAAAAAACUUUUUUUUCUUCUACCCAAUGUUCCAUCUUGUAUUGUAUUCCACAUCAUAAUGCCAAGCCUUUGCAAUUGACCUCAACUGGUUUUAGGUCAGUGGAUAAUUUGGCUAUUUUUUUUUUUAAAAGUGUGAUUGUGUUUCAACUCUUCCCUUGGUUAUAUUCUAUCACAAUGUACACUUUAAAUCGAGAUUGCAGUGCAGCGAAUCCCUUUACAAAUGUAACUCGUGUUCUGUCUCUUGAUUUAUCAAUAAAAAUCCCUGUUGUCAA